AUGACUUUUAGCAGUUCUGAAAGAUUUUUAAGCAUAUCAAUGCAUUGCAGCUUCUACAAGAUCUGCCAUGCCCUGCCAUCUUCCUUACUGAUGGCCUUGCUGGCAUCCAGCUGCAGCUACAUCUUCUCUCAUGGCUGUGACCUGUCUGAGUCCCUAUUGGCCAGCAGGAAGACCCUGCUGCUCGUGGGACAAAUGAGGAAAAUCUCCCCUGUCUUCUGCCUGAAGGACAGAUAUGACUCUGAGUUCCCUCAGGGCAUUGACAGCAGCCAGAUUGAAGAGGCUCGAACCAUCUUUGUCCUCCAUUAGAUGCUCCAGCAGAUCUUGCACCUUUUCAGCAGGAAGGACUCAUUGACUGUGUGGGACAAGACACUCCUAGACCAGUUGCAACAGCAGCUCACUGACCUGGAGGCUUGUCUGGCACAGGAGUUGCAGGAGGACACUCCGAUGAAGGAGGACUCCCUGCUGACCAUGAGGAAAUACUUCUGAAGAAUCACUCGCUAUCUACAAGAGAAGAAACACAGCCCUUGUGCCUGGGAGAUUGUAAGGGUGGAAAUUAUGAGAUCCUUCUUUUCAUCAACCAAGUUACAGAGAAGAUUAAUGAGGAAAGACUGA